AUGGAGGCAUCCAGCUUACAGAUAUAUUGGCAUGAAUCGCAGCCCAUCUACUCGAUAUCUUUCCAACCAAGUCUGCCUGGGAGUUCUGGGGCCCCUAGGCUGGUUACGGCGGGAGGUGAUAAUAAGGCACGCGUUUGGCAGCUAAACUUUGACAGCGAGCGGCCUGGAAAGGUGGAUAGCAUAGACUUCCUCUCUUCAUUGACACAGCAUGAACAGGCGGUCAACGUGGCGCGCUUUAAUCCCAGCGGAGACGUUCUGGCAACCGCUGGCGACGAUGGACUCCUGCUGCUGUGGAAGAAGAACGACACCAUUGUGAAAGAAUUUGGGAUUGACGAUGAUGAAUUUGCCGAUUUCAAGGAAUCCUGGUGCGUAGUUGAAAAACUACGCACUGUCUCGACCAUUGGCACUUCCGAAAUAUACGAUCUGGCCUGGUCACCCUGUGCCAAGUACAUUGUGACGGGCUGCAUGGACAAUGGCGUGCGAAUCUUCGACAUAGCCGAAAAGACGUGUGUUGCACAUGUAGUCGAGCAUAACCACUACGUUCAGGGUGUUGUGUGGGACCCUCAGAAUGAAUACAUCAUUUCGCAGUCUGCAGACCGCUCUGUUCACAUAUACAAGAUUGAAACCAGUACAGAGGGUCACAUAACUGGACUAAAACUCCAUCACAAAAUUAUGAAAGGGGACCUUCCGCGACGCGAGGAGCAUGACCCAAGAUUCCUCGUGCGGUCGGAAGCCAAAUCAGCGUACCUGUUCCAUAACGAAACGCUCCCAUCUUUUUUCCGGAGGCUCACGACCUCGCCCUGCGGCAGCAUUCUCUGCGUUCCGACAGGCGUUUUCAAAGCUAAUAGCGAAGGCGAAUGCACGAAUCAAGAACUAUCCAACGCCGUAUAUAUAUACACCAGAUCGUCCCUGAAGCUGCGCAAUAGUACGCCCAUAGUUGCGCUUCCAUUCCUGAGGAAACCUGCCCUGGUAGUCAGGUUCAGUCCCAUAUUAUACAAAAUCGAGACUGGUGUCGAACCAUGGAUCCAGCUUCCAUAUAAGCUCGUGUUUGCGGUCGCGACCUCUACAGAAGUGGUGAUAUAUGAUACUGUUACCACGAAACCCAUUGCAGUGGUGGGAAAUUUGCAUUACACCCCGCUAACGGACCUCAGCUGGUCUGACAGCGGCCACCUACUCGUCGUGUCAUCAACAGACGGUUUCUGCUCCUAUAUCUCAAUGGAGGACAGCCUAUUUGGCGAGCCAUACAGUUCCGAGGCACAGCGGACGGAUUCUCUCAUACCUUCGACUCCAAAAAGCAACAUCUUCAGGAACACCCUGCGGUCCAACCCGGUCAACGUAAAGCGGAAGCACUCUGUAGGCGGCCACAACGACUCACCCAUAAAGCGCGCUGCCAAAAAAGUGUCGCCGCUUUCCCCUGUGGUCGUCGAUGAGGGAUCUGCGCCGGCACCACAACCGCCUACUCCUAGCAAAGAUCUCAAGCCUCGAAGGCGCAUCCAACCCGUCCUUGUUAAUGACAACAACGGCGGCACCUAG